CAUCUAUGUUGUGUAUAUUGAUAAUUUCAGACUAGUAAUUUUUGAAUAAGUUUUCCUAUUGAUUUUGUUUGGUAUCUUCUGUUUUUCUUAUUUAAGAGACCUGUGGUGGACACACUUAGGAAAGAUGAUUGCUAGAUGUGAAAGCUUGGGGGAGCGAGAAGUCCCACCCUGCCUGCCUAGACAGAAAGGCUUCACAGUGGAAUUGGUUAAGCUUGUCUUAAUCAUAUAUUUCUGAGUUAUCUAAACUAGUUGUUGUUUUAUGAAAAAUGCUUAAUGCUGAAUUAUCUAAUUAUUGAUGUUUUGGAGGGGGAUGUGGGAAAUAGUUUAGGGCAAAUCUGCAUUAUUCUGGUGUUGCUUUGUAUUCUCAUUUUUAGUCUUGCAUCUAUCUUUUUAUUGGGAAUAUGUGCUUAUUCCUAUGAUUUAAAUUUAAACCAGUUAUUUAUUCAGAAUUUUGAACAGUAGAAUGGAGGCCUAGUGCUUGUUCAUUGUAAAGUGAAUAGUAACUUUGAAUACCAACACUUUCUUUUCACAGGCUAGGACACGGUCUGUAUUAUUUUGUCUCUACCCAGUUUCCUUGUAGACCCUUCACCUAUUCUAAGUCAUCAAGCAGAAAUAGUUCAGAUCUGUAAGGUGCAAAAAUAAACCUAGGAUCUGCUGUGAUGGCAUCCGAUGACUUUGAUAUCGUGAUUGAGGCCAUGCUGGAGGCUCCCUAUAAAAAAGAAGAGGAUGAGCAGCAAAGGAAGGAGGUUAAAAAGGACGGCCCUAGCAACCCCAGCAGCAGCACCGGCAACAGUGGCAGUGGGAGCAGCACCAGUGCGGAGGCAAGCAAGAAGAAGAGUCGGAGCCAUAGUAAAAGCAGGGAUAGAAAGCGCAGUCGUAGUCAAGACCGUAGUCGAGACCGGGAUCGGCAUAGAUGGAGAAGUAGUCGGAGCCGAAGUCGAGAUCGGCAGCAUCGUCACCACAGCCCAAGCUGGGAUCAUCAACAUAGUAGUGAGUCCAGAAGUCGGGCCCCACGUCGUGAGAAUCGUGUGCACUACAGGAGUCCACCACUUGCUGCUGGGCAUAGGUAUGGACACAGUAAGAGUCCUCAUUUCAGAGAGAAGAGUCCGAUCAGGGAGUCAGUUGAUAAUCUGAGUCCCGAGGAGCGUGAUGCCCGAACAGUUUUCUGUAUGCAGUUAGCCGCCCGCAUUCGGCCUCGAGACCUGGAGGACUUUUUCUCUGCUAUUGGCAAGGUUCGUGACGUACGUAUCAUCUCAGAUCGGAACUCACGUCGUUCUAAGGGCAUUGCCAAUGUGAAAUUCUGUGAAAUCCAGUCUGUGCCACUGGCCAUUGGGUUGAUAGGGCAGCAGCUGCUGGGGGUGCCUAUCAUUGUACAGGCCUCACAGGCUGAGAAAAACCGACUGGCAGCCAUGGCCAACAACCUGCACAAAGGCAGUGGUGGACCAAUGCGCCUCUGUGUGGGCUCCCUGCACUGCAAUAUUACCGAGGACAUGCUCCGGGGCAUCUUUGAGCCCUUUGGCAAAAUUGAUAGUAUUGUCCUGAUGAAGGACUCAGAUACAGGCCGCUCUAAAGGUUAUGGUUUCAUUACGUUCUCUGACUCUGAGUGUGCCCGACGGGCCCUGGAACAGUUGAAUGGCCUUGAGCUUGCUGGUCGACCUAUGAGAGUUGGCCAUGUGACUGAGCGACUGGAUGGUGGCACAGACAUCACUUUUCCUGAUGGAGACCAGGAGCUGAAUCUGGGAUCAGCAGGUGGACGUUUGCAGCUCAUGGCCAAAUUGGCAGAAGGCUCUGGAAUCCAGCUGCCAACCACAGCCGCUGCUGCUUUGCAGCUGAAUGGAGCAGUUCACUUGGGGGCCCUAAACCCAGCAGCUCUGACUGCUCUGAGUCCAGCCCUGAACCUUGCCUCUCAGGCAAUUGCCUCCCAGUGCUUCCAGCUUUCCAGCCUUUUUACCCCCCAGACCAUGUGAGUCGCAGGACCUCUUUCAUUUUAGACUCUGGUUAUUUUCUUUCGUUUGACUUCCAUUUACCUCUUCGCUUUGCCCCAAGUAAAUCAGUGGCACAGUAUAUGGCCUCCCUAUGCCUCUGGGUCCUGCCACUCCCUUCAUAUCUACCAUUCUACGGCCCCUUCUAUCCAUUCUGUGGAUCAAGCCAUCCUGAAGCCAUGGGCAUUAACUCUGGGGGAAUUGGGGUCACCCUUAGACACCAAGAAGAGCUCCUGCCCAUGGACCCACUGGGAAUGGACUCUGCUGAGCAACCACUAGUUGAAGAGAAGAGAAUUAUUGAACACCUGUUUCUCCAUGUAUACCAUCUCCUGGGAUGAUCUUCAUUGCCCUUUCCAACCACCUCUUAGUGAUUCCUCGAUUCCUCCUCUGUUGAGAAGGCUUUAGGGCAUUAACUGAAGGAACUGAUUUCUUUUUGUCCCCUAUACCUUUACCCUACGAUUUUGUCAAGGAAAAACCCUUAAGCCCUCUGGUCCAAGAGGAUUUUUCAGUUUGGGGGCUGAACCUUUAAGGUGCUGGCUUGAUGCUACAAGGGCCCUGGAAGAUAGCUUGGACAUGUAUGUGCGUUGUAAAGCCUGCCUUAGACCGCAGUUUGGGGCCAGAACUACUGUGGGCUCUGCAGUUUGCUGGGAGCUAUAGAAAUUAUCUAUCCUGCCAGGUAUUUUGGAUGUCUUAGGGGCAUUCAGGAGUUUAGUGAAAGAUGGGGUACCUUUCCAGUAUCUUCCAUCUUCUUUUGUAUAGUUAGUUGUCCUUCCUCCCAGGUCCUUCCUUUGGUCCAGGAAGGGAGGAUGUGGAGAGGCUGCUACUCUCCCCUACUUCCGACGUGCCUCUACUGGGCUCCACCCCAGCGCUAAAGCCACUCCUGUCCCCUACUUGGGCACAUAUGAGCCCUUCUCACUGGACUUUAUAUCCUUGAGUCUGUGUACAUAAAUAAUAUAUAUAUAUAUAAACUUUGUACAAAAGGCAAGCCUUGCUGUUGUGGCUGCUGCCCAUGUGUGUAGUCUCAGUCAGUUGUGCCUGAUGUUAACUUCUAAUGAGCCAAAACCACGAGUGGUUGUAGGAAUAUAAAACAAUGCCAUUGUGUUUUCUUUAUUUUAAUGGUAUCUAACCUUUAGAAAUAAAACAGGACAAAAGGUGCAUACCUGUAUACAGAUACACUGUCUGUAUCUGCAUUAUACUUUCUGCCCCUCGGUCUCCUAUCUGUCUUCAUGUUAACUAUCUCCAAACCUACCUGCCCACUGGACAGACUACCAGGCUCUGUCUCUGUGCCCAAGGACAGAUCUUGUCUUUCCACCAGAUGGCAGUGUGACAUUCUGCACCUUUCUAUAGGGUUGUAUGAUCUGGAGCAGCGGUAGCCAACCUUUUGGGCGCCAACCUUUCGGACCUCACAGACCACCAGUGGUCCACGGACUACUGGUUGGCGACCGCUGAUCUGGAGGACUUAAAUAUCAGAGAAGUCUUCCAAGCUCAACAUUCUUACCAUUGGCCUCCAUACUGCCUUUAGCCCUUUUUGUAGUAGGAAUCCCAGUCCAAUAUCCAAAGGGAUUUGGGCAUCAUACAUCAGCACUCUUCAGGCCAUAAGCCUUCUAUUCUCCCAGUCACCUCAACUCUUGCUUUCCAAAUAUAUAGCUCUGCCUGGGACAACACAGGCCUGGGACCAAUGACUUCCAGGGAGCUGAGUAUUCCAGGAAUGGCCCUGCCAAAAGGGUGGUACCCCUUCCUCUGCCCCCUUUAUAAGGCUUGUAACAGACAACUGAGUCAGAGCCUGGCUUACCAGCUAGAAAUCAGCCAAGAGGAGGAGGUCUGAGGUUCAGGGGCAGGGCUGGUGGGGCUCCUUCAUUCUUUACUGGUCUCUAUGGCAACAGAGUGUUAAGACUUUAUUAUCUUGCUAAAAAUAUGGAUAAUUGCUGUUAAGUUUUAAUUUGUCAGCUCUCAGACUUCUAAAGCAGAGUGAUGGUUUUCUGGUGAUGUUUACUUCUGGGGUUGCUUUUAACACAAGUAUUAAGUACUUGAAGCCUGUUUGUGGUAUAAAAGACCACUGGGACCCAGGACUAGCUCUUGGUUCUAGGCUGCUGCAGUCUUGCUGCUUCUGUUUUGCUGCCACCCCCACCCCUUCCCUAGUUUGCUCUCUGAACCUGGGGGGAGGGAAGGAGGAUGCAUUAUUUUUAGGUAGGAGCAGCUGGCUAUGGCCCAGUCCCCCUAUAGUUAUUGAUUUGCUGCUAAUGCAUCCUGAGAAGCACAGCGCGGACCAUUUUUGUUAGUCAUCCUGAAGCUAUGGACCAGGCCUCCUCAUGGCAGUCUCUAACUCCUCCAGAACUAUAAAUACCCACAGGCCUCACCUCCCUGCCCUCCUCAGAUGGACCCCCAUCUGCUUGUUGUUGUUUUUUUUGCUGUUGGUUUUGUUGUUAAUCCUCACCUGAGGAUAUUUUUCCAUUGAUUUUUUUUUAAUUGUCUGAGUUUUAUUGAAGACUGUCCAGUUGUGAGGCAGAAGGAAAACUGAACACAAGUUAGUUUUGUUGCCGCUGUUUUUAACGUCCUUUGAUUGUCUUUGUAAAGGGCCUCUGGGAUGCCGCUGUUCCAGAAUCAGAUCAAUAAAUCUUCACCUGGGCUCCUCUG